UGGGUAACAACAGAUACAUCAGGAUUAGUGUAAAACCGCACGUGUUUUGUGUGCAGCUGCCUGUUGCAGUGAAGCAUUUUCCUGAGCCCUUGAUGUGGGCCAUCUGGAAAGGAAAAUCUACUCAGCCUUUAGAAAGAAAGCCAGGAUUAUGAUCACUUUAUUUUGCAGUUGACUUUCAAGAGAGAUAUUCGUAUCAGGAGGAGGUCUGAAGGAAAGGCGAGUUGCAGGUGAUAAGAGAUGAGUGUGUUGAUGUCCUGGUGGCUGCUGCUCCUUCUGGUCAACUUUGGCUCAUCUGCACCCAGGUUUUCGGAAAAUGAUAUUUGUUUCCUAGACAACAGUAAAUUGAGGCAAAGGUUAAAACAUCUUCAAGAUCUGCUUUACUUAUAUGAACUGCAGCUGAAGGACAUCCUGGAGAACAGUUAUCAUAGGACAAAAAGUGGGCUCUUCUCAGGCAACGGGAGCAUACAGCUUGAGGCUCCUUUACCCACAACCAGUGGAAAUUUGAUAGUCUAUGACCAAGAUUGUUCUGCAGUGUAUAACAGGAAGAAGACCCAAAGUGGCUACUAUCGAGUCAGGCCCAGGGCAGACCAAGAGCCUUUCCUGGUGUACUGUGACAUGUCUGAUGGUGGUGGUUGGACUAUAAUUCAGCGGCGGAGUAACGGCAGAGAGAAUUUCAACAGGAAAUGGAAUGAUUACAAACUGGGAUUUGGGAAGUUCCAGGGCAAGAAUGAUGAAUACUGGCUGGGCAACGACCACAUCUAUGACCUGCUUGCUAGAGGAGAGAGCUCAUUAAAGAUUGACCUGAUGGACUGGCAUGGGGAACGACGUUACGCAGUGUAUGAAAACUUCCAGCUCACCAGUGAACAGGACAACUACAGGUUGUGGUUUGGCACCUACUCUGGUAAUGCCGGUGACGCUCUGUCUGGUGGAAGCAGUUUUGAAGAUCAGUGGUCAGCCUCCCACAGAGGAAUGCAGUUCACCACAUCUGACGAGGAUCACGAUCGAUUCCUGGCAGGCAACUGUGCAUUGGAAAGCAGUGGUGGUUGGUGGUUUAACAGGUGCCACGCUGUAAAUCUCAAUGGACGUUUCUACACAACAGGGAGGUACAGCGGAUCCCAUGACGACGGCAUUGUUUGGGCUACGUGGCACGGGAUGUGGUACUCGCUCAAAUUCUCGGCCAUGAAAAUCAGGUCUCCGUUCUUUGUUGACGGCGAGAGCGGAGAUGGUGAGGAUGGUCAGGGCAGCUGAAAUCUGCUGCUUUGAAAAGUGAAAAAGUAUGGGAUGAGUUUUGUACAGUAAUAGCCAACUUGCUGCUGCUGCCAACUGUCAAAACGGCACUGCAGUAACUGUAGUUGCAGCUGUUUCUACUAGCUGAGUUGUUUGAGCACAGCCAGCCAACAAUCAAAUGAAAAAUGUAGAGAAGAACACAGCUUCCUUUUUCAGCAGUUUUUGGGACUUCACUGCAGAAUGUUUCUGAAAAGCUCUCUGGAUCCUGAAUGAUCAAGCAUGUUCUUUUAGCUAGCUGUACUCCUCAAGGGUAAGUCUUUCUCAUCUUGAUUGUGAUGGUCAGUGCCUGAGAACAUGAUAACAGAAAUAAUGAAGUGAUAAGGAAUUGGACUUCAUCGGGUGUGCCCUCAUUAGAGCUUGGAUUUGGAUUAGCAGCAUGUUUUUAAGCAACUCUCUAUAGUCACCAAUUGCUACACUUCAGUUUCAGAACACACCUAGAACGUGACACCAAGCCAGCAGAUGGAUGUGCUCCAACAGCUGAUCAGCAACCUGACUACUUUCAAGUAAGACUACUUCAGAGUAAGCCCCCACAGCAUGGGCAGUGUUGAUGCUGCAUUUCAUUGCCCCAGCUUUGCUCUGCAGAGCCACUUCUACAGCAUAUGGGGCAUGCUAAUGCAAUCAUAGACAAUGCUGGUAACUAUAUUUAAGUCUAGAUUUAAAUGAGGCAGAUUUUAUUAAAUUUAAGAUUAGAACAGAUAUCCUUGGGAGUUCACAAAAUGCAAUCGUGAUCCAUCUCUAUGGUCUCAUGCAAUUUACCAGACCACUUUAGAAUUACUGAAUCAUAGAACUGUCAGAGUUGGAAGGGACCCCCAAUGGCCAUCUGGUCCCACUCCCCUGCAAUGAAC